AUUCACUAGGAGUAGGGAAAGCAGCAGAGCAACAAACAGCCAACAUGCCAGCUGAUUUGAACGGCUAUUGGAAAAUGAUUUCCAAUGAUAACUUUGAGGAGUAUCUGAAGGCUCUUGAAGUAAACAUUGCCAUCAGGAAAAUCGCCACCUUGUUGAAGCCUGACAAGGACAUUGUCCACAAUGGGGACCAUAUAAUCAUCAAAACCCUCAGCACCUUCAAAAACUACAACAUGGACUUCUAUGUGGGCAAAGAGUUUGAGGAGGAUCUGUCUGGAGUGGAUGACAGGAAAUGCAUGACCACCAUCACCUGGGAGGGAGACAAGCUGGUGUGUGUGCAGAAGGGAGAGAUCGAAGGAAGAGGCUGGACCCACUGGGUGGACGGAGAUGAGCUUCAUCUGGAGCUGAGAGCUGCAGGAGCUGUUUGCAAGCAGGUCUUCAAGAAGACCUAAGCUGGCUCUUAUUGGACGAGACGGUGUCCCCC